AUGUUUGUUCUCAUCUGGUCGGCUCUGUUUUUCUCUGUAAAAGGCAGCAUUGCUGACACAGAUGCCUCAGCCUUGGCACAACAACACUGUGACAAAGGAUACUGUCUUAAUCUCACUGAGCGAGAACUAACAGCAGAGGCUGGACUCUGUGUUGUGAUCCCGUGUUCUUUCACUACUGCUGCUAACUUUACACCCAAACAUAUAGUUUGGUACAAAUGUGAAGCAUCUCAAAGAAGCUGUAGUGAUGAUGAAAUAAUAUUUCUCACCAACAAAAACACAGACAAAAAAGCUCAGUCUGGGUUUGAAGGACGAGUGUCACGUUUGGAGCCUGAUGUGAGUCAGAAAAACUGCAGCAUCAUCAUUAAUGAUCUGAAAGAGUCUGAUUCUGGAUCAUAUCAGCUCAGAGUUACUGGUGAACUGAAUGGAAAACAAGAUGCAUUCACAUUCAUUCCAAGAGUAACUGUCUCUGUUAAAGGUCUUAAGCAGAAGCCCACAGUAAUGAUUCCCACACUGACAGAGGGACAGCAGGCCACACUGACCUGUGUUGCUCCUGGUCUCUGCUCUGGAUCUGUUCCUGAAAUCACCUGGACAUGGAGAGGAGCAGGAGGGACUGAAUCUUACAUUACAGGAAACAGGACUGAUUUCAAGACUGAGAAUCUGACGGCUUACACACAGAGACACAUCUCAACUUUAACCUUUAAGUCUUCAGCUGAACAGCACAACACCACUGUUAACUGUAAAAUCCGCUUCACAGGUGAAACAACUACAGAAGAGGCUUCAACCUUGAAAGUAAACUAUGUGAAGGAAGUUAAAAUCACUGGGGUGACAAGUGUGAGGGAGGGAAAUGUUCUGAAUCUGACCUGCAGUGUUGAAAGUUUCCCUCCAGCUCAUAUUGUGUGGAAAAAAGUUCCUUCCAACACAAACCUUCAGACCGAAAACACUGACCUGCACAAUGAUACUGGAUCUGCUACACUUAUCACCCCGAAUGUGACAGCAGAAAAUUCUGGGCAGUACAUCUGUAUGGCAAAACAUCUGGACAAAACACUGACUUCCUAUGUCAAUGUGACUGUGACUUGGCAUACAAAGAUACAGAAUGGCUCUGGAUGUGUGCUUCAGUCAGAUGUUUUGACCUGUGUGUGCAUCAGUGAAGGGUUUCCUUUACCUACCAUCAAAUGGCCGCUCCUAGAAAACCACACUCAGUACACUCUCAUUACUACUGUGUCAAACCACACAGUCAACAGCACUGUCAGUCUAACUGUAAAAAACCAUGGCAACAGCACAGUUGAAUGUGUUAGCAACAAUGGAAAUGGAGAAGAAAGAGAAAACCUGCUGGUCUAUAAAAACUUGUCUGAAAAACAUGAACAACCAUCUACUUUUAAGCUGGAAUUCCUAAAAGUCAUCAUUGCGUUUUUGACUGGGGUACUUCUUUCAGUAAUCGUGUGCUGCUUGGUCAAAACUUGCUACAGAAAUGGAAGAAAGCAGGAGAGCACGAAGACAGAGUAUGCUGAAAUUAAGAAAGCAGUCAAAGAACAAAGUGAAGAUGCUGAAGAGGAAGAUGAAUUGUUAGAUGCCAAAGAAGAUGAGAUGGUGGUGGAGUUGGAGAUGAAAUACCGUGAACCAGAAAAUGAGGAAGGGAGAGACGAAGCAGUGUACUCCAAUGUGAAUGACAUAAUCAAUGAAAUCUGA